CAGGAAAUACAAAGCCUCAAACAGGAAGAACUCGAAAUACAAAGCCCAAAGAAGCUUGGACUGGACCCUGAUGAAGAUUUUUCUUUCAGCAAGCUCUUCCGAUGUUCUGGUGUUCUAGAUGCAUCAAAAGUAGGGAAGAUUCCACAGAUUGUUCCUUAUGAUGUCAAGUCCUUCCACUUCCAUGGAUGCACACAACCUUCCACAAAGUUGCUACACAACUACUGUGUUUCGCCCCGUUCCCUUUCAUUUGAUCAGUAUUUUAACAGACAGCAUGGCACAACCAAAAACUAAGCUAAGAGUUAAAAAAAGUAUAGCCAAGCAACAAAGCACCUCUGGGCAAUUUAUCACCGAGAGAGAGCAACACCUGAAGAAGGAAUAUGCUGUCCUGACAGAGUAUAUCAAGGCCUAUUCAGAUCGAGUGGAUCGCUUUCAAGAUGAAAAUGAAUUCCUGGACAAGGAAGCCCAGGAGAUCCAAGAAAACAACAAAGCUUACCUCACCUACUUAGCCAAGCGCGCUCUCCUGUGCCAGAAUGCCAUCGUUACCUUAAAUGACCAGAACCGCUCAGAUCUGGCCUCUGUCCUGAAGCAGAAGGAUGAGCUGACCUCUCAGUGCAGAGACAGAGAGAAGGAGGUCAGGAGCCAGCUGAUUGAGAUGGAGACCAAGUAUUCCCUCAUGAACAAGGAGGUUGACGAACUGAGGCCCUUCAGGGUGCUGCAGUCAGACCAGCUUGCCCGCAUCCAGGAGCUGGAGAAAGACCUCCUGGCCAUGAAAAUCCACCACUCUGAGCAAAUGCACACCGUGAAGAGCCAGUUCCUGCAAAAGAAGGCAGAAUAUGAAAUGGAGUCCCAGCAGAGGGUCCAAGCUUUGGCCAAAAAGGCAGAGAAAGAGGCCAUGCGCAGCCUCAUCCAACACACCAAGCAGGUAAAAGCUGAGAACGGGAGACUGCGCCAUGAGCUGCUGAACCUCAUCAAGAGAGCCCAGGGCCUAAAGGCCAUUGUGCACCAGCUCCAGGAGCAGAAAGAACAGCUUCUUCAGGAGCUCCGAUAUGGUGAAGACUUGGCCCAGGUCCACAGCUGGCUAACUCAACGGAGGAGACCCAGGGGUGGGACCAGCCUGCCUACCAGGACUGAGGUAGGCUAUCCUCUUCAACCACCCCUGAACAAAAGGCCUGAAUCUUUCGCAAGUCUCCAAGGCCCAGCAAAAAAGCAGUCAACAACUCAGACCCAGAAGACCAACGUGGGAGAAGCAUUAUGCCCUCUGGCUCAAAGGUUCCCAUAGCACCCACGGCUUAUAUGAAGGGCUUUAAUGGCAGCCACAGGAAGACUGGCGUAGCUCUGGCAUGACAUACAUACUCCCAGAAGCAGCAGGAAGACUGGCGUAGCUCUGGCAUGACCCCCCUUCCCCCCAGAAGCAGCCUUCGCACUGCCUCCCUAGCUGAGGGGAAAGAGGUGAUGUUUUUUUUGCCGUAGCAAACUGGAGUAACAAGUGUGUUCUGCUUUUCACUUUUACAGCUAAGGUGGCUAAAAUAAAAAUAAAGUUGCCAAAGCUGCGGUAUAUCAUUAAUGACGAGGUCAAUUCAUAUAAUUGCGCAGAGAGUAAAAAAAGUCAAGAAGGUCUAAGUGCAAUACAAUUUUUGUGUGUUGUGUUGGGAAGAAUAAUGUUUGCACUCUAGGAUGGAUGUGGGAGCCUUGCAGAAAUUCGGUGGUGUUGAUUUGGGGGUAUCAUAAUAUGGAUUUGCCCUCCUUGGGCUCAGAUUGAGGUAAUUCUUUUUUUUUUUUUUUACUGUAUAGAUAGUUCUCAACUUCUGAUGAGCCAUUUUUAUGACCAUUCCAAAUUAUGGUCACAGAAUCGAUAUUUUAUGAUCCAUAAAUACCCCGGCCAUUGUAACUGGUUGCACUACCCCCACCCCUAGGCCAUGUCAUUUUUUUUCCUGGUUUCCAGCAUCUUUUUACCGUUUUUGGCAAAACACCCAUUCAAGCCUUUGUUUUAACAUCACAAAACAGGUCAGAAAAUUUCUU